ACAGGGGUGGAUGACUUACAAAACCUCAGUUAAUCAAAGAGCCUGUGUCAGAGCAGGAAAACAAAUAAGAGCUGCACAAUGAAGUGCUUCAUAUUUGCGAUAUUGUUCUUCAUCCUGAUUAUGGAAUCUGAGUGUUCACAGCAGGACAGAUUCUUCAUCUCAGGCCCCGGAGUGUUUCAUGUAGGUGUUAAUGAGAAAGUGUUUGUUCAGAUGGGAGCGCUUCAUCUUAACAGUCGUAUUACUCUCUACCUGGAGCAUGAGAUUUAUGGUAUUGUUGUUUCUGAGAAGAAAACUACUGUGUGCGCUGUGGAAAACGAGGCCAAAACUGUUGAGCUCAUGAUAAACAGGGACCAAAUGGCAAGGUUGCCUCAAAGUGAACGUAGGUACUUACUGCUGGUGGCAGAGAGCCCCUCCUUCAGGGGCAGGAAGAUAACUAGGGUCCUGGUAUCAAAACGCAGGGGCAGUAUCUUCAUUCAAACUGAUCAGCCAAUCUACAACCCAACAGAGAAAGUGAGAUACAGGAUAUUCAGUCUUGACCACACAUUCAGGCCUUAUGAAGAAAUGAUCCACAUAUCAGUAUUUAAUGCUGCUGGAAACAAGAUAAUGAAGUCUCUUAUGUCUGCAAAGAGAGGAAUCCUCCAAGGCAAUUUUGUCAUACCUGAUGUCUCGAAAAUGGGCACUUGGAAAAUUACAGCUCACUACCAGGACGAUGAAGCAAAUGCUGCUUCCAGCAUGUUUAAAGUCCAAAGAUUCGUUAUACCCAGUUUUGAGGUAAACAUCGCAAUGAGUCAGAACUACAUUUUGUUGAAUGCUGAACGGAUUGCCUUCACCAUCUCAGCCAGGUAUUCACAUGGUGAGAAAGUUAAAGGGGCGUACCACUGCAUGUUUGGAGUAGUAGGACGUACAGACCCUGGUCCAAAAAAGAACCCUGUCUAUAUCAGAGGACUGGAGCUGACUGGUUCGGUCGAGGAUGGAUUGGCAGAAACUUCUCUCCAGGUAGAAGACUUGAAUAAGAACCUGCAAAAACAGAACUACAGCCUCUCCGGAUUACAGAAAAGUGGAUCACAGCUCUACUUGAAAGUGUUUGUCACCAACAUACAAAGUGGUGAAAUACAAGAGGCAGAGGUUUACCUCUCUGUCAUCUCCAACAAAUACACCAUUGAUCUCUCUCGAACUCGCUCACAUUUCCUUCCUGGAUUUCCACUAGAUGUGGUGGUGGUUUUGCGUCUCCCAGACGGCUCCCCAGCAGCUGAUGUGCCAGUAAAAGUUGAUGUAGCAGCGUCUUCAGAGAAAUCUUGGCAAGGCAACACUGACCAGGAGGGGGCAGUGUUCCCUGUGUUUAAUCUUAACACUCGAGCUCAGUUUACUGUUGAAGUGUCAGCAGAUGGCCUUCAGCAGAGGAAAGACAUUCAACCUGCUUCAUCCCCCAGUAACAGCUACCUUUACCUGAGUUUUUCCAACAAGAUGUACUCUAUUGGCGACUCACUAACUGUUAAUUUUAACACCAUCAACGCCCCAAACAGUGGGUUUAUAUACUACAUGAUCCUAAGCCGUGGGAUCCUAACAAAACAGGGCUCUCACGGAAUUGGUAUUUCAGUUAGAGACAACCUGCAGAUAACGCCUGAUAUGGUGCCAUCCUUCCGUCUUAUUGGCUACUACUAUGACCAGAAUGGUAACAUCAUUGCUGACUCAGCGUGGAUAGAUGUCAAGGAUGAAUGUGCGAUAAAGGUCAAGGUGGAACAAAAAAAACAAUUUAUACCUGGAAAAAGGACCGAGCUAGAGAUUGAUUUACAUGGUCAGAGUGCCAGAGUGGCUUUACUGGCUGUGGAUAAAGCCAUGUAUGCUCUCAAUGCCGAUAAUAAACUCACCUCCAAACAGGUGUUUUCCUCUAUGCAGUCAUAUGACCUUGGUUGCUCAUACAGUGGAGGAUCUGACCCUGGAUCUGCCCUAAUAAAUGCUGGCCUGUCUUUUGUGUCUCAGUCCCAGUCGAUGUUUAGAAGGAGUCUCAGCUGUAAUUCACAAUCUGCAAGACAGAGGCGCUCUGUGGACCUUCAAGAUGCAAUGAUAACCUUAAAAUCAAACUAUGAGGAUGAAAAGUUGCAAGAAUGUUGUGCACACGGGUUUUCUCUCAUCCCUAUGAUACGGACGUGUCAGGAAAGAGCACGGAGAGUCUCUCUGGUGGAAGAUAAUCCUUUAUGUGCAGAUGCUUUUUUAAAAUGUUGCCUUGAAGGAGAGAGUCUGAGACAAAAACAGAUACAAGAGGAUGCCCUGAAAGGAUUUGGCAGGACUGCAACCACAGAAGACAUUGAACAGUUCUUCUUGGACACAGCUGCUCAGUACAUUCGACGAUAUUUCCCCCCAAGCUUUGCCUUCAGGGAAUUUGAUGUAAAUGGAAAAAUAAGGUAUCCUUUGGCUCUACCUGAUUCCAUCACCACAUGGGAGAUACAGCUCGUCACUUUAUCUGCUGCCACUGGUAUCUGUGUAGUUAAGCCAUCUGAGUUCAAGGCAUUUAAGAAAGCAUUUGUGUCUCUGAAACUGCCCUACUCUGUGAGGAAAUAUGAGCAACUAUCCAUUUCGCCUGUUAUCUACAACUAUGACCCUGAUUCUGAACUACAGGUAGCAGUUCAUAUGGAACAGACUGAGGGACUUUGUUCCCCCGGUUCGGCCACCACUACAGGGUUUGUUAACAUAACUGUAAAGCCGGAGUCUUCCCAGUUUGUCUCCUUCUCUGCUGUCCCCAUGGUAGCUGGCUCAAUACCCAUCAAAAUACGUCUCUAUCAUAUGGAACAUGAGAUGGGGGUAGAUGCUAUUGAGAAGACUUUGAAUGUGUUGACAGAAGGACUAGUAGAGAGAACAGAAGAAACCAAGGUCUUUAAAUUAGAUGGGAGGAGCACUAAGAAUUUAGUUAUUGAUGGAUCUUUACCAGAUGACACAGUGCCCGACACCAGCAGCAAUAUUUUCGUUUCAGCUGAAGGGGAUGGAUUUAGCGCUUCACAUGUGAAGAAUCUUCUUUCUCAUGAGAAGGUUGCUCGCCUCAUUGUAUUGCCUACUGGAUGUUUAGAGCAGACAAUGGUACGACUGGCCCCUACAGCUUCAGCCCUGCGCUACCUUGAUCUGAGUAACCAAUGGUUUGAGCUGCCUCCUGGCACCAGAGAUGAUACUCUUGAUAAAAUUGAGCAAGGUUACACAAGGAUAUUAACAUACAAGAAAAAAAAUGGAUCGUAUGGAGCAUGGGGUUCAGUGCCAUCUAGCAAUUGGGUGACUGCCCUUGUAGUGAAAGUGCUAUCAUUGGUGGCACAGCGUCAGACCGCGUCUUUUGGACAGCAGGGCAGGAAAGCUAGGGUCGUACCAGAAGAAGAGAUCAGAAGUUCAGUCAAUUACUUGCUGUCAGUUCAGAAAUCUGAUGGGUCAUUCAGGGACCGACAUCCAGUCCUGCACAGAGAAAUUCUGAAAGGAACAGACCAAGACGCAUCCUUGACAGCUUUCAUCACCCUGGCACUGCAACGGUCCCUUGAAUUCCUGAAAACUGAUGAGAAUAUGAAAAGUAAUGCGGAAGCAAGCAUUUCAAGAUCGACAACAUAUCUCAUGUCACACUUGGAGGAGCUUGAGCAUCCCUAUGCUGUUGCCAUUACAGCCUAUUGCCUUGCAGCUUGUAUGCCAGAGGGAACAGAUCUUUCUUCUGCCUGGACAAAACUUACAGCAAAGUCUACUGAAGGGGCCAAUAACUGUUCACUGUGGACAACUAAUACCAGCCCAGAGAAUCUGAAUAAGGCUGAUGGCAUCACAGUAGAGGCUACAGCUUAUGCCCUCCUAGCUGCAGUGGAACUUGGGCAUACAGAGUGGGCAGACAAAACAGCCUGCUGGUUAACCACCCAAGAAAACUAUUUUGGAGGCUUCAAAUCCUCGCAGGAUACUAUCAUGGCAUUGGAAGCCCUAGCAGAGUAUGAGCUGAAGAAGUCUGUCAGUCCUGAAGUGAAUCUAAUAGCAGAGUUUACAGUCCCAGGAAGGAAUGACAUUGUAAGGCUUGCACUGGAAAGAAAGAGGGACAAGGUGGAAACAGACCUUAAGAAAUUUAAAGGGAACAACAUUAUUGUGCAAUUAACAGGAAAUGGCAACAUCAAGCUAAAAGUUGCAAAGGCUUACCAACUACUGGAUUCCAAGGAUAGCUGUGACCAAGUGUCUAUCCGCGUCACAGUGGAGGGGAAAGUGCAGUACACUGCUAAAGUCAUAGAAGUUUAUGAAUACUAUGACGAUGAUAACAAUGAGGAUGCAGAGACACCACGAGUACCACGAUCAGCGAUUGAGUGGUUUGACGCUCGCACCCGAAGCAGGAGAGAUCUUGAUAACAACUUAAAUUCAGAAGGCACUGUCACAUACACAGUCUGUGUCAGUCAUAGCCUCAACCGAAAUCUCUCAGGAAUGGCUGUUGCUGACAUCACACUUCUGAGUGGAUUUAAUGCUAUUAUUGAGGAUCUGGAAAAGCUAAAAGCGGAACCUGAACGAUAUAUUUCCCAUUAUGAGGUCUCCCAUGGAAGAGUGUUGAUCUACUUUAAUGAGCUCUUCGAUUCAGAGGAAUGCAUUCGUUUCGAUGCUCAACAGAUAGUACCAAUCGGCCUUCUGCAGCCUGCUCAAGCUGUAUUCUACGAUUAUUAUGAACCAGACGUAAAGUGUACUGUGUUCUACUCCGCCCCCCAAAGAAGCAAGCUGGUCUCCACACUGUGUACAGAGGAUGUGUGCCAAUGUGCAGAAAGACCAUGUCAUAAAAUACAAGAAACAUUUAAACAGCAAAAUGGAGGUCGAAGAAUCACAAAGGACAACCGUUUACAACAUGCCUGCUUCUUCCCUAUAGUAGAUUAUGCAUACAUGGUUGAAGUCGUCAACGUUUCCAUAAAGAGCAACUUUGAGAUGUACAAAAUGAACGUAAAGGACGUCCUCAGAUCACAUGGAGAUAUCGUCGUGAAAGAGAAUUCUGUGCGGAUGUUUGCUAAGAGGCGUCAGUGUAAAGGACAGUUAGACGUGGGAACACAGUAUCUCAUCAUGGGCAAGGAUGGCGCCACGACCGACGUACAUGGAAUGAUGCAGUAUCUGUUAGAAUCAAACACCUGGAUUGAAAGAAAGCCUUCGGAAGAAGAAUGUAAAAAAACUAAACAUAAAAUGACCUGCAGACAGUUUAAUGACUUUACAAAUGAGUACAAGAUUGAUGGCUGCAGACAGUGAAACAGAAAUCUGUUUCAUUUAACUUUUCAUUCUUUCAUAUUUUGAGUUCAGUGUGUUGUGGUUUCUCAUGGGAUGCAAGUCAUCUCACAGUGUUGAGAGCUGUUUUUGUUUUUAUUGUUUAUAAUCAGUCAUGAGACAUUAUAGCUUGCCAGUCUCAAUAUCGUUUGAAAUGUCUGUACUUACAAUGUAACCAUUAAUCAUUUUUUUAUGUCCAAUACAGCUACCAGUCUUUAAAUAAAGGAACAUAUCGGUGUUGCAAAUGUUGCAAAUGCAAA